AUGUCGAAGAAGCAAGCAAAUAGCAGUAGUUUAUUGAGAAGUUCGGCGGAGUAUUACGAUGAUUGCCAUGGUAUGAUAACCGGACGGGAUGUUAAACGAGCAAAGGUGAAGAUGAAUAUGGAAGAAGUGAAACGAGUUAUUAUCGCUUUAAAGAUGAACAAUCGAGUGGAUGAUUUAAAUCGAGACUGGCAAGAACGAUUACAAAAGGAAAAUGUAAAGUGGAAAAAUAACAAGCAUUCAUCAAACAAAUACUGCAAGAAUAGGGUAACAGGAAGCCAAAGUUCACAAGAUGUUAGCAAUAUGAUGUGGCGAACGGAACGACGUCUUCUUGAACUAACCGAUCGUCUAGCACCCAUUCAAAAAAUGGAACAGAAAUUGGAAGAAAUUAUUGAAGUGCUGAAAAGAAAUCCGUGUUAUCAGCCAACUUCGGCUAUUACUGAUAACUUGCAUAUCUCAGAGAGUGAAAAUGCUAAUACAACAGAAAAUAUGCAAAAGGAUGGUGUUGCAAAAGCUCCUAACUUUUAUGGAGUUGUUGAAAUCACUGAGAAUUAUUCCAUGGUUAUUUUUUAUUCUAUUUUAAAAAGGGAAUUUCUAUUAGGAACUGGGCGUUGUUUGAAAGUUAAAAGUGGUCAGGAAUUCUGA